GGCCGUUUUAACUUUUCUUCAAGUGGGUGGAGAAAUGUAAACAUGCGAAGCAUUCUGUCAAAACUAAACUCCACGCUUUUAUUAGCAUUAAGAAAAAUGUCAUCAUCCAGUAGUAGUAAAUAUAAAAAUUUGGAAAUAGAAAAUGCAGGGAAGAUUAUGACAAUUGGAAUAAAUAGGCCUGAGAAGAGGAAUGCGGUUAAUCCUGAAACAGCCAGUGAAUUGUUCAGUGCCUUCAAUGAUUUUCAAAAUGAUGAGGAUUCAUGGGUUGCCGUUCUUCAUGGGACAGGUGGGAAUUUUUGUGCUGGGUAUGACCUCUCAUCCCUAGCUUCAGCACCUGAAUGUUUACUGCAGCAAAUGAAGGAGAGCAAUGUUGCUCCUAUGGGACCGUCCAGGAUGUGUUUUAACAAGCCAGUGAUAGCAGCCAUAGAUGGGUAUGCAGUAGCAGGGGGGCUGGAACUCGCCCUGUUGUGUGAUCUCAGAGUCAUGGAGGAAUCAGCUGUAGUGGGCGUCUACUGCAGAAGGUUUGGUGUACCACUGAUUGACGGGGGAACCGUCAGGUUACAAAAGCUGAUUGGGUUGUCUCGGGCAAUGGAUAUGAUUCUAACUGGUAGAAGUAUUACAGCCAAAGAGGCAUAUGAUUUUGGGCUUGCGAACAGGGUUUGUUCAACGGGUUCAGCUCUUGCAGUGGCUUUACAGCUGGCCCAUUCGUUACUGCGGUACCCGCAAAGAUGUAUGAACCUGGACCGUCAGUCAGCAUACUAUGCGGCAUAUAAUGCUGCCUCUAUGGAGGACGCAUUGCAAUACGAGUUUGAUAAUGGAAUACAGGUCGUGCAAGAGGAAUCUGUACAAGGUGCAAAGCGUUUUCAAGAGGGAAUUGGAAAGGGCGGGUCAUUCAAUGUGAAAAAUCCGAGUAACUCGAAGUUGUGACAUAAACUGCAUUUGUUAGUUGUUAUUUAAUUAAUAUUCAUGUGUCUUUUUUUGUAAACUUGAUUUAUUAAAUAAAAUGCCAUGUGAUUCGUU